AUGUUUUUAACAUUCAUUUCCAUGUGUCCCCUCAGUGCUGUCUGGCCUCAUCUUCCUCGCUGUCUCCUUCAACGGCUUCGGAGGAAUUUGCCUGACCUUCACUUCACUCACACUGCCUAACAUGUUUGGGAAUGUACGAUCAAUCAUCCUCUCCCUGAUGAUCGGCUCCUAUGCUUCUUCAGCCGUCACCUUCCCUGGUGUCAAGUUGAUUUACGACCUUGGCGUUUCAUUCCGCAUCAUCAUGUGGGUUUGGUCCGGCAUGGCCUGCACAGUCUUCAUCAACUGCUUCCUCAACUGGCCGGGUGAAUCCUUCCCGGCACCUGAAGACAUCAGAUACACUAAAAAGGUGAAAAUGAGUGGAGUUGUGACGGAGGACAAGAUGACUGGUGACCGGUACGUCACCAAUGUGACUGUCAUGGAAGACAUGAUGGGAUCCAAGCAGCCAGAUCCUGAGCAGACAGACUCUCAAAGCAAAACCCAAGUGACACUCUGGCAUUCUGUCUGCACUCCUAUCUUCCUGUGGAGUCUCAUCACCAUGGCGAUGACCCAGCUGAGGCUGAUCUUCUUCAUGGGUGCCAUGAACAAGAUGCUGGAGUUCCUGGUCACCCACGGCAACCCCAACCCCUCAGAGGAGCUGCAGAAGGAGAAGGAGGAACAAGUUGGUUUCUACUCGUCUAUCUUCGGUACGAUGCAGCUGCUGUGUCUACUGACUUGUCCGUUGAUUGGCUACAUCAUGGACUGGAGGUUGAGGGAGUGUGAAGAGGAGAAUGCCAACACACAAACAGAGAAGAGCCAAUCAGAUCCCUCAAAGAGAGACAGAAAGAUCCAGAAACUGACCAAUGCCAUGAGAGCUUUCAUCUUCACCAACAUCCUAUUGGUCACCUUCGGAAUUAUCUCCAUGAUUGACAACCUGCAUAUACAGUUGGUGUCGUUUGUUCUGCAUACCAUAGUGAGAGGAUUCAUCCACUCCUGCUGUGGAGGACUCUAUGCUGCUGUGUAUCCAUCCAACCACUUUGGAACACUGACAGGCAUGCAGUCAAUGAUCAGUGCUGCUUUCGCCUUGCUUCAACAGCCACUGUUCAUACUGAUGUUGGGACACCUGAAUGGAGAUCCUUACUGGAUCAAUUUGUGUCUCCUCAUCUUCUCACUGGCUGGCUUCUUGUUGCCGGGCUACCUGUUCUAUCACCGGAGAAACCUGAUCAGGGCAAAGGCUGAGUGUGAUAGGUUGGCUGCUAUCCAAUCAGACAAAGAAAAUGCUCCUCUCACCCAAACAGAUAGUGGGACUGCUAAAAGCAAAGCCAAAGGGCAUUCGGCUAAUGGGUACUGACCAAAUGUGCAUCGUGUUGAAGAUGAUUGACAGGUAUGAAAUGAUGGAUUUAUGUUACACCGUUCAGUAGUUAUCUAUUCUGAUGAUGUAACCUCUCUCUGGGUUGAAAAUUAUCACAUUGAGCAAAAUCAAAACAAGACAAAAAAGCAGACAUAUUGAGCAAGUCUUCUUAUAUCUUUCUUUAGCGACCAAAACACAAAGAUCAUAUCCAGCAAUAGUUCCACAUUUUGGCAAAGCUUAUGAAGGAACAGGAAGUUAUAUCUGUAACCCGAACGCCAGGCUCCUCAUUUAUAAAAUGCUUUUUGACUCUUCACUAGAUGCCACGAGGAAAUCUUUCACACAUGACAAGUAAAGGUGGCUCAGUGGAGCGCACUUAGUGGACAUGUGAUGGACCGGGGAAUUAGAUGCUGGGAAAGUUUCCAGUCCCCUGACCCUUGACCUUAGAGAGAUAAAAGAACAUAAGAACAUGUGCAAGGAAGACUUCAUGUUUCUGCAUGUUUUAUGCUGUUCACUUCUCAUCACACACAGUAGCUCUGUUUGAGCAUUUCAAGACGUUUUUGAUUAUUGAAUGUGCUUGAAACUUGCAAUCAUGUUAUAUUCUAAGAGAGAUAUUAGCAAACAUGAGCAACACUCGCCCAUAUCUGAAAGCUAGAGUCCUAAAACUUAAAUGUGUGCAUCAUUGUUUAUAAAUAUAUCUCAACUUUCUCCACUUCGUCUCUGGAGUGGCUUCUAUUUAUCUAGUUUCUGGAUUUGAGGGAAGAGUAUCUUAUUAAAAGUGAUUGAUGGUAAUUGAAUUGUCCUAAUCCAGAGAAAUUACUUUUGGAAUUUUUUAUUUAGGUGGAGUUCCCCUUUAAUAAACAUAAAUAAUAUAGAAGCAGGCGUACACACACUGUAUGUUACAGUUAUGAGCACUAUCUGUCAUCUUGACAUGAUAAUUUGGACGUGUUUUUAAUGUAUAGUUAAAGAAUAGCUUCACAAUUGAUUAAAGUCUCUCUUCAGACAACAGUCGUCUGCAGAUGUGGACAAUGAAUACGGUUUUGUUUGCUGUGAUCAGUCUUCAUGCUAAUACUUUUUCCAUGGAAGUUAUGGGGGACAAAAUCCACAUUCCUUGGUCCAAACAACCUUUUAUGUAGUUUUAAGAGGCUUCAGAUGUCUGAGAGAAAUCAAGAGGAUAAUUGCACACUUGUUUUAUUAUAAAAUUCCCAAUUUGUGUUUUACUGAACUGUUUUGCUGUUGAGCUGCAGUGGAGGGAGAGUAACAAAAAGAGGGAAUAAAUUACCAAACUCAUUGGAA